GAUUUGUAUACUGUUAUGGCUAGUAAUUUCCGUGAGGAUUGAGGAACUUUCAAAAGUCUCUUUUGUUUCUAUCACAACAGAUGUCUGGAUAGAAACAAUGCAAAUGAGAAGUUUCCUCGGCAUAACUACACAUUUAAUCCAAGAUGGAAAAUUAAAAACACAAAAUAUUGGUACUGUUGAACUGUUCGAAAGCCAUACAGCAAUUUAUAUUGGGCAUACUUUAAUUGAAACGUUACAAAAGUGGGGAAUAGAAGCUGAAGAAGUCGUAGCCGUAGUUACAGACAGUGGAGAGAAUAUGAAAAAAGCUAUAGUUGCGGAAUUUGGUGCUAAAAAACAUAUACCAUGUGUUGCCCACACAAUUAAUCUUGCAGUUGAAAAGGCCAUUGACAAAACACAAGAGAUUGGCAACACAGGUGUUAAAAGUGGUGGAGUACCAGUAUUACUAUUUAAAGUUCGGGAGAUAGUAAAAUAUUUAAAAAAAAGCACUAAGUCCUGUGAUUUGCUCAGAAACAGUUAAAGAGUGGAAGGUAACUAUUGGAUGACUAUAUCAGGUGACUCACAACAACUCAUAGAGUAAUACAACAACAAUUUACUCCCAAAGCCUCGGAGGUAGAUAACGCUUCUGUUAAAGUCUGGAUUUUGAAAUUGAUGACCGUGACCGUGUCUGAUAUUCGUGCAAUAUCGUCAAACUGGUCACACUGGAUUUUUGUUUUCUUAUCAAUAGGAGCAUCCAUCAGGGAGUACAACAUUCGAAAUCGUAAUUAUUUUAACGGACAACGGCCGUUACUCAUUACGUCUCCCAUCUACAAGUCGCAUUAAUUUCGCAAUACUUUUUUGAAUCCACUUUCCACAGGUUGAACUUUUCGACUGUCAUCCAAAAAUAAAUCGAUUUUGACAGUCUAUUUUAGACAUUGGACUAUGCAAAUAGUCAUACUCACAGCAGUUGAUCUUGAUAUUUUUCUAGUCCGAUUAAACGAUUGAAAAAACCCAUUUUUAUUGAAUUUUUUUUUGUUUAUCCUUAAAUUACAAUUUACAUACCAUUAAUAGUUAUUGUAGUUGACUACCAGAGAAAUAUUACUCGCCCUUCCGUUCCUAUCCGGAUAUUUUUAUUUUUGUGCCCACACACACAUCUUACCAACAUUUUAAUAGCAUUACCAGCCUUGGUUCCAACUAUCCAAAGUUUUGUUAGUUUGCUCCUUGAGAACCAAGUACUUGGAUAACGAUUUUUGUUUUUCCACGGCAGAAGACAAUAGUUCACCAUCUACAUAUUAUAUAUAAAAAAUCUUCAUCUCAAUUUUAGAAUGUCUCAAUUUACUUAUGUAAACGAUCUUAAAAGUGCCGUUAGAAUGGAUGAGCCAAUCACCAGCGGCCCUGCUCCACGUUGGAUGAAAAAAAGUGUAGAGUCAACCUCAAGUUCUGUGAAUACGUCAAGAAAAACUAUUGAUUUAAUGCCUAUUAAGAAGACACCAUCAAAAACACCUAAUAAAUCAAAAUCACCAGCGUCAAGAUCAGCAUCAAACACACCAGCUAAACCUAAAACACCCGGCGGUGACAGAUUCAUUCCUUCUAGAAUGUCUACAAACUUUGACAUAAGUCAUUUUAAAAUGAACCAAGAAAAUGAAAACCUUGACAUAAGUCCAACUCAAGCAGACUACAGAAAAGCUAUGUCUGAGAAUCUCCAUGGAUGUGACAUUAAUAAUGUUCGUGUUCUUUCCUAUCAGAACAAAGCACCGGCUCCUCCAGAUGGUUAUCAAAACGCCUUAAAAGUAGUUUACAGCCAAUCCAAGACUCCCAUGAAUGUACGUGGAGCUACUCGUUAUAUACCACAUGCACCAGACCGUAUUUUGGAUGCUCCUGAAAUUGUUGAUGACUAUUACCUAAAUUUAAUUGACUGGAGCUUUUCCAACAUAUUGGCUGUUGCCUUGGGCACAAGUGUAUAUCUUUGGAAUGCCGACACUGGGGCCAUUGACCAACUUUUAGAUUUAGAAGGUGCAGAUUACGUCACUUCUCUGAGCUGGGUACCUAAUGGAAACCUAUUAGGCGUUGGAACUGCUUUAGGACCUGUACAAUUAUGGGACGCAUCACAGACAAAGCGGCUGCGUGUAAUGAACAGUCACAGUUCAAGAGUGGGUGCUAUGUCAUGGAAUAGUCAUAUACUAACUACAGGUUGCAGAACUGGACAACUUGUUCACAACGAUGUCAGACAGAGAGAACACAUUGUUGGUACAAUUCAAUCCCACACUCAAGAAGUUUGUGGUCUUAAAUGGUCAACUGACGGUCGUUAUCUAGCCAGUGGAGGCAAUGAUAAUCUAUUAAAUGUGUACAGUGGCUUACCAGGCCAAGCUACUUACCAAUCUGAACCAAUAUACAGUUUCAGCCAACAUCAAGCUGCCGUUAAAGCAUUGGACUGGUGUCCAUGGCAAACCAAUGUACUAGCCAGUGGAGGUGGCACAGCUGACCGAACCAUCAGGUUUUGGAAUUGUAACAACGGUCAAUGUAUCAAUUCAGUCAAUGCAAACUCCCAAGUGUGUGCUAUUCUGUGGUCAAAAACGUAUAGAGAAUUGGUAUCAGCUCACGGUUUUGCAAACAACCAGCUUACAAUUUGGAAAUAUCCUUCACUGACAAAGGUUGCUGAACUCACUGGACACACAAAUCGUAUUCUGAAUUUGGCCAUGUCACCAGAUGGAUCAACAGUACUGUCAGCUGGUGCAGAUGAGACCUUGCGAAUGUGGAAGUGCUUUUUGCCAGAUCCAAACAAGAAGAAAGAACAUGAGAAGCGCUCUUCUAGACCCACUAUGCUGGGACCAGGCCUAAGAUAAAUAUUUUUGUAUUUGUUAUUUUAUGUUCUUUGUCAAUUAAACUUAUAUACAAUAUUUGUGUAAACUUUUUACUUGCUUAGUUUUAGUUUUUAAUUUAUACAAGACUCAGUCAUACUUUUACUUAAUGUACAUACUUAAACAGAUUUUUUUUAUAAUUAAUAUCUCCAUUGUGUAUUAUUUUCUAUGUCAAUAUAUUCUCUUGAACAAGUAAUUUCAUGUUAUGUUAAGGCCAAAUGUAUUCAGAAUAAGUGCUUAAAUUGACUACAAUAAUUAAUAUACUAAUACAUUUUAUAUGAUGACUUUAAUUACUUAUAUUAUAAUAAUAAACAAGUCUUUGGCUACUUUAUGUUUACGUGUGAAAUAAUAUAUAAUAACAGCAUAGUUAUAUUAAGCUUAUUGACUUAUUAGUUAACAUAAAGGAAUAACAAAUUAAAAAGAAAUAUAAGUUGAGUUACAAACAAAAAAACAUUCAAUAAUAAUAAAUAAAAAGUUUAAUUCGGUUGUUUGUAAUGAGCCGUAAACACGUAAUUUAAACUAUUUAUCACUUGACUAUUAUUCAAAUCUGAACAAUAUUACAACCAGAUAUUUUAGACUAACGCCCUACGGCUAUACAUCCAACACAACCACAUUUAUUUCACGCCUCAGCAAGAUAAAUUUUAUAAAAAGGAUUCCCAACACAAACAAAUGUUAAAACUACGUGCACUUAGAGAUGAGAUAUGGAAACCUGACUAGUAAUUGUUUUAAUAAAAACUGUACUCAGACAAUUUUUACCUUUAAAGAUGAUUUGAGUUUAUAAAAAUGACUAGACAUAUUAAAUGAGUGUAUUGAUUUAGCAAAAUGUCAUUUGAAAAGGUAUAGAGGUAAUAAUGCAAUAUCAAAUUUUCGAUCGAAAUGACUCAUCUCCAAGUUAACAAACCAAACUACAGUGUGAGUUGUAUACACUAAGAUAUAAAAAAUGGUGAAAAAACAAUAAAUAAAAAAAAAAACAGUGAUAAGAUCAUUAAAUUACUAGUAAGAA